CUGAACUUCGAUUUAUCGGAACUCGCUCGCGAUACAAAAAAAAAAGAUUAAUUGUAUUGUAUUGUACUACAAAGACUGGCUAUAGUUACGUAAGUACAAAGAUAUUGGCUAUGUAUUGGGUCUGCCAAGACGAGUUUGGAAUGGAUCACUUCUUGAAGUAAACCCGAGGAUAGUGUAGUUACAACAGACAGUGAACACCAUCGCUCGCGAGGAUCUUAAUAAUGAGAAAUGCGAGGAACUUCUAGUUAGCUGACCAACAUGGCGUUUAAAGAACAAUGCAUGCCUCGUUCACCACAGCCAGCCCAAUUUACGUUCUCGAGUCCCUAGCGGCUGUUGCUGCUCUGUCCUGGUUGACAACGAAGAUGGGAAUACAGAAGGAGCUGGACUCCUCUUUUUGGAGGAGUCUCCAUAAAACGGGAAUACAAAAGGAGCUGGACUCCUCUUUUUGGAGGAGUCUCAAUAAAACGGCCCCGAAGACGAGGAGGAUACCAAAAUCGUCGCAUGCUGAUAGGACGAUUAGGAGCUUACGAUCGUUGUUUUUUCAGGGCGGGCGCGUUCUUGCCGAGGAACUCUCUCGACAGAAAAAUGUGGACGGGCUCAAGGACGUUAACCUCACUGAUGCAGAAGAUGCGACAAGGCUAAUUCCACGAGCAGAAGAUGAUCUUGAUACAACAUUAAGGACCUCAUCUACUCCUUCAUCAUCUACUAGUAAUUCUGGUGAUAUCUUCACCGAGAACUACAGCGGGGGCAACGACACUGCGUCUUCAACGAAAGACGAUAGGUCCUCGCAUGAUGAUCAGGACCAAACUCCUGUCCUCUCCGCGUCCACAAAUCCGACACCACCCAGAAGAAGAAGAAGCAACCGUGACCUCUCACCGGACGAAGCAGACACAGUCCGCGUUUUCAAGUCUGCCUGUCCUAGUGUCUGCCAGGUGCGAGCUAGCAGGAGCUUUGAUCUUGGUAGUAGAAUAACAGGCUUGAAUUUCGAUCCAAUCGAGAUAGAGAAGGGCACGGCUUCCGGCUUCGUAUGGGAAGAUUCGAUGCAUGUGGUCACGAACUUGUAUGGCUGCUGGCGAAGGAUAUUUUUCAGCGGGGUCUUCGUCGACCAUUUUUAGUGUCGUAGUGUUCCUAGGCCGCUGUUUACAUCACUAUUCAUAAGCAUCCAUGGCAUGGCAUGGCAUGACCUUAAAUUGUGUCUGCACUGAACUUUGUGCGAGAUUAAUUGUAAAUUGUAUUGUAUCUCCACAACGUCCACCAACCCUAAACCCUAAACGGACCCUAAACUGCGUCCACCAACCCCCCUCCAUUCAUAUCCUCCACGUGAUCAAGGGUUGCAAAACCGUGUACGUGAUGUUUCCUGAUAGUGUAGAACCUAUCCAGACCAAGAUCGUGGGCGAAGACGAGCACAGUGACUUGGCGGUUCUGAGACUCCCGCACCCUCGCAGAGGUAUACAACUGGGCAGAAGUGACGAUUUGCAAGUGGGGAACAAGGUGAUCGCGAUUGGGAAUCCUUAUGGCAUGAAGUUUUUUACUCAAAAGUGAGAAAGAGGAUGCUCAUCAUCUGCAACUUCUUCAAAAUGAAGAUGUCAUCCGUUUACUUGAGUCAAGAUGUGCAACUGCACUAGUACACGUCGUGCUUAAUAAGUAUCUAUUCCUAGUCUACGGUCCUGCCUCUGCCCCUCCUCUAAGCGUUCUUCGGUUUCGAGCAGACACUAACUCAGGGCGUCGUUUCCGGUCUGUCCCGCGAAAUUCGCGGUGCGCAUGGCGUGAAAAUCCGCAACCUCAUUCAAACCGAUGCAGCGAUCAAUCCCGGAAACAGCGGUGGGCCGUUGUUGAAUCGUCACGGCGAUUUGAUCGGCAUGACCACUAUGGUUGUGGCAAGUGCUGCUGGCGUUUGCUCAAACUUAGGCUUUGCCAUUCCCGUAGACGAAAUGCGCAGAUUGAUAUCCCAACAAGAACUUUUGUCAUCUCCCAAUGGAGAUGAUAGUAGAGGCAGGAGGUGGAACCAAAGACGGUCUUGGUUAGGGAUAGUCUGUGCGCCGGAUGAUUGGGUGGAGAAGUUCGAGACGCGUGUUCCUGGCGUGUUUAUCCUUAGAACGGAGACAGAUAGUCCGGCAGCUCAGAGUUGUCUGCGGCCUUUCAAAAGAGUGGGCUUUCAACUCGCAGUAGGCGACUUGAUACACAAGAUUGAUGGAGAAGUGAUAACAGUUAUGAUGAGACUGAUUGUGGUCGUUGUAACGAUUUUUUUCGGUACUAUAGAAAACAAGUCUAAAAAGUCUUUUUGUAUGCACGAUAGAGGAGUAAUCAACUCGUCUAAGCAAAGCGGCGCAGACUUCAUCCGCAGGUUGGAGACGAAGAAGGCAGGUGAUCACGUGCAGUUGACACUUUUUUACAAUGGUGUCUUUCGAGACUGCAAUUUGCAAAUUGGGGUAAGACCGCCACGAUGAUGUUGGCGUCGAAAAAUGAUACACGGUUAUUUCAACAACAACGUUUCGACGAUUUUACAGGUGAUGCGCAUGGAUUAAGGAA